AUGAGUUAAGAGCUCGACACAAAGCUGAAUCCAUCAAUAGACAAAUACCCCACUUCAUCCCCUUCUAUAGUCUAACCAGGGGGUGUUAGAACUGGCUUUUUAUAUGCAUUCAUUCUUACUAUCGGAAUAGGUUCAUUCUAAUUUGGUUACUCAAUUGGAGUAUUCAAUACACUCUAAAAUGACUUUGCAUACUUGUUUGAAUGGGACAAGGACAAGCAAAAUUUAUGGUCUUCUGUGAUAACCUCAAUUUGCUCAGUAGGAUCUGCUGUGGGAUCAAUCGGCGUUGGAGUCUUCGUUAAAUAUGGAAAGAAAAAUUGCAUUCUUUUUGCAAAUAUCCUUGUGAUUAUUGGAGCAGGAAUAACUACUUAUAAGAACGUGUAUGCGAUUGUUGCUGGUAGAUUUAUAUAUGGCUUAGCAACAGGGUCUUUCUCUGUCUUAGUUCCAAUUAAUGAAGCUGCCCCAACUGAGCUAAAAGGACCACUUGGAGCUGUCACCUAGAUAUUAAUUACAGUCGGAAUUAUGAUAGCUUUCUUCCUUGGUAUUCCUAUCCCUAAAUUUGACUAUGUGACAAUUGGUGAUGUUAGUAAAUAUGUUAUUGCUGGUGGUGCUAAAGCUUCAUUUGUCUCAGACAACUACUGGAGAGUGAUGUUUGCUCUUCCAAUUGCAUUUAGUAUAAUCUAAAUUAUCCUAUUGCUCACAGUUUUCAAUUAUGAGACCCCAAAGUUUUUGAAGCAAAACAAUCAGCAUGGCUAACUUAGCAAAUUAAUGGGCAAAAUUUAUGAACCUGAUAGAAUUGUCGAGAGAAUCAAUGCUAUCGUCAUCGAAUCUGGUAAGGCUACAACCCCAAGCUAUGGUCAGACUCUCUGCCACCCUAAAUACCAAUAUGCUACAAUCCUUGGAUGCGCUUUGAGUGUUCUCUAAUAAUUAUCAGGUAUCAAUGCUGUCAUGUUUUACUCAAGCAAAAUCUUUGACAAAAUGGGUAUUGACACAAAUCUUGGAUCUGGCUUAGUAGGUUUCAUCAAUAUGGCUUCAACCUUCGGUGCUCUAUUCCUGUUAGGAAAAUUCGGAAGAAAACAACUACUCUGGUCUAUGUCAUUCCUUAUGGCUGCUGAUUUAGUUGGACUUGGUAUUGCCUUCUUCUAUCUUGAAAAUAACUCCACUGCUCAAGUAUUCUGCACAAUCUUCAUUAUGUUAUUUGUUGUUCUAUUCGAAUUCUCACUCGGUCCUAUCCCUUGGUUAUAUAUGGCAGAAAUUAUGACAGAGAAAGGUCUCAGUAUUGCUAUCUUGCUCAACUGGCUCAUGACAAUCUUAAUGGCUAUUGUUACACCAUUCGUUAUCUCUGGAGAACUUUUUAUCGUAUUCGGUGGACUCUGUGGCGUCACUGCAUUCUUUAGUAUGUUUUUGCUCAAGGAAACUAAGGGCUUAACAGAGGCAGAAGUUGCAGAACUCUACUCAAGAGAGAAAAAUAAGUAUUCACAUCUCAAGGACACCACAGCCUGA